AUGGAUCUCUCAUCGUUAGAGGGGCCUCCUCUGGCUGAUUUCACCGCCCCUCGUAUUCAGGAGCCCCAAUCGCCCCAGGCCGGUGCUCAUUACGAUCUGUCGAAGCUGUUGCCGGCGCGGACAGCUUCUGCAGACCCAACGGCCCCUGGACAACUACGGCAACGACUAUCACAUAGUCAGGCCUCCGGGUCCACCAAUCCCUUCUGGAAUGACGGCCCUCUCAGGCGCACGCCGGCCCAGAAGGGCAGGAGGUGUCCUUCAAACGAGUUGCUGCCCGGCAGGAACACCGGCACAGACCCGGUACGCGAACCCCGUCCCCGAUCGCCUUCCGUGAAUCCAUAUCAAUAUACUGAGUGCCGGGUCCCCAGACGAUCACGAAGCGCACCCCUCAUAUGGCUGGAAAACGAGGAGCUAUGGGUGGUGACCGAUGGAUGGCCGGCAUCACGGUCUCCAACCCGGCGUAGCCAGCCACCCCGACUCGAGAUUUCCACAGCCGAACGUGGUACUAUGCCCGUCGACGAUGACUUGGAUCGCCUGGCAGUGUCCCCUCCACCUUCGUAUGACAGCCACUGCUUCCGCCCUGCACACGUGACGCGACAGCAGCAUGGCAUGGAGUCGAGAUGGGGCGCCGUUGCCCGCCGGAUGCAUAACCUGUCGUUGAAUCGAUGA